AAGUGAAACUCACACUCGCUGCUACUGAGAGGAGAAAUGGCGCAGAAAGGAGUUCAGCUGGAGCGGGAAAUGUUAUCUUGUCCCAUCUGUCUGGAUCUACUGAAGGAUCCGGUGAGCACUUCCUGUGGACACAGCUACUGCAUGAAGUGUAUUAAAGGCUUCUGGGACGGAGAGGAUGAGAAGAAGAUCCACAGCUGCCCUCAGUGCAGGCAGAGCUUCACACCGAGGCCUGUCCUGCUGAAGAACACCAUGUUAGCAGCUUUAGUGGAGGAGCUGAAGAAGACUGGACCCCCAGCUGCUCCUGCUGAUCUCUGCUAUGCUGGAGCUGGAGAUGUGGCCUGUGAUGUCUGCACUGGGAGGAAGCUGAGAGCCUGUAAGUCCUGCCUCGUGUGUCUGGCCUCUUACUGUGACAAACACCUCCAGCCUCAUUAUGACGCAGCUCCAUUACAGAAACACAAGCUGGUGGAGCCCUCCAAGAAGCUCCAGGAGAACAUCUGCUCUCGUCACGACGAGGUGAAGAAGCUGUUCUGCCGCACUGAUCAGCAGAGUAUCUGUUAUAUCUGCUCUGUGGACGAACACAAAGGCCACGACACGGUGUCAGCUGCAGCAGAGAGGACUGAGAGGCAGAGAGAGCUGGAGGGGAGUCGACUCAACAUCCAGCAGAGGAUCCAGGACGGAGAGAAGGAGGUGAAGCUGCUUCAGCAGGAGGUGGAGGCCGUCAAUGGCUCUGCUGAUAAAGCAGUGGAGGACAGUGAGAAGACGUUCACUGAGCUGAUCCGUCUCAUGGAGAAGAGAAGCUCUGAUGUGAAGCAGCAGCUCAGAUCCCAGCAGGAGAGAGAAGUGAGUCGAGUCAGAGAGCUCCAGGAGAAGCUGGAGCAGGAGAUCUCUGAGCUGAAGAGGAGAGACGCUGAGCUGAAGCUGCUGUCUCACACAGAGGAUCACAACCAGUUUCUGCUCAGCUACCCCUCACUGCCAGCCCUCAGUGAAGCUACACACUCCUCCAGCAUCAACAUCCGUCCUCUGAGCUACUUUGAGGACGUGACGGCGGCCCUGUCAGCAGUCAGAGACAAACUACAGGACGUCCUGAGAGAGGGAUGGACAAACGUCUCACCCACUGAGGUGGAGGUUUUACUGUCAGCAGCAGAGCCCACCACCAGAGCUGGGUUCUUCACAUAUUCACAGGAGAUCACUCUGGAUCCAAACACAGCACACACACAGCUGGUAUUAUCUGAGGGGAGCAGAAAAGCAACAUACAUGGAACAAGAUCAGUCUUAUUCCAGUCACCCAGACAGAUUCACUGGAUGGUAUCCUCAGGUCCUGAGUCGAGAGAGUCUGACUGGACGUUGUUACUGGGAGGUGGAGCUGAGAGGGGAAGGAGUUCGUGUAGCUGUCGCAUACAAGAAUAUCAGCAGAGCAGGGGGGGAAAGUGGAUUCGGAAACAAUGACAAAUCUUGGUCCUUAGUUUGUGACCAAAACCGUUUUACAUUUAGUCACAACAGUAUCGACACUCCCGUCUCAGGUCCUCUGUCCUCCAGAGUAGGAGUGUACCUGGAUCACAGAGCAGGUGUUCUGUCCUUCUACAGCGUCUCUGGAACCAUGACUCUCCUCCACAGAGUGCAGACCACGUUCACUCAGCCGCUGCAUGCUGGACUUUGGCUUUAUCUUUAUUAUGGUUAUUAUGGAGCCACAGCUGAGUUUUGUAAACUCAAAUAGCCUGAAGUCCUUGGAAGAACUCUUCUACUUCUUGAACUCACCGUGUGUCCAUCAGAGCUGAUUGUCCAUGUCUUCACUGCAGAGAUCAGCUGUCACUCAAACAUGAUGGGCGGGGCUUGAACGUCUUCUCAUGAGUUGUUCUGUAGAUGUUGGACUUUCUCCCGGCUCCUUCCUGUGUCUGUGUAGCAUGGAGGCUGUCACUGCUCAGGAGGAUCCUUGCUCACCUGGAAACUUUGCUCUAAAGAUUUGCUGGAGUUUCUUUUGAUUCAUGUUGUUGUUUCUCUUGAAGUGCACGAGUCUUCAGAGACUUUUAGAAUCACAUGUAUUACUUUGACAGAUUCCAUGUUAUUGCUGCCCAAAUGAACCAACACAUUCAACCCAGAUGGUUAGAACAAUUAUUUCAUCAUAACAUGUUUAUUCAAAAUGAUAUUACUUCCUGUCUUGAUCAUAAUCAAUAAGUCCAUCAUGUGUUAUUCUCCUGUCAAUAGCUCAGAGUCUUUGCUUGGGAAAUCAAUGGUAUAAUAUUAAAGGCUAAUUGUUGUUGUUGUUGUCCAAAUAGAAAUGGGGUACUCUGUUUUAUAGAACAUACAUUAUCAUGAUCAUAAUCAAUAAGUACAUCAUGUAUCCUUCUGUUUGAAACAGCUGAGAUGAAACACAUGGAGUGGAUGAAGGGAAAGUGAUCAUGAAGCCAUUGAUCAAUAGUCAUGGAACAGACUUUACUGACGGGAUGUGGGAUCAAAUGAAAUGUUUGGGUGAUGAAUAAAGUACAAACUGAAACAG